CUGAAAGAAGAGAAUGCCAGUUUGAGAAGCAAGAUCAAUAAGCUUCAGAUUUUCUCUGAAACUCAAGCAGACAAGAUGAGAAAACUUGAAAAAAAACUUGAGGAAAACAAAAUUAAGGAAGAAAAAGAAGCGCAGGAUUUGGAAGCAAUGGUGCAGCACGUGGAACAGAAUCUGCAGCUGAUGACGAAACGGGCUGUUAAAGCAGAAAACAGCGCUACCAAACUGAAACAGGAAAACGCCUUCCUUCAGGUUCAGCUGAAGAACUACAAGACAGAGAACGAAGCCUUGAGGUCGGGCCAGUCGGCGAGCCUGGCUGUGGUGAGACAGAACGCAGACGUUGCCUUACAGCACCUCCUCACCGUCAUCACAAACUCCCGGUCUUCCAUCAGGCAGCUGGUCUCUGGAGCAGAAUCCCUGCAGCUCGUCGCUGAGCUCCUUAAAUCAAUAGACAGAAUCUCUGAAGUGUCAGAAGAUGGGCAGUGA